CCAAACUCGGUCCACUCGCAAGGACUCCGCUCUACGGAGAGGAUCGCACUCGACCCCCAGACCCUCCGCUCCGGUAGAGAAAGGAGACGCCUUUCUGUGACACGCUCACGCUCUUGAGGUAAUGGCGCCGGUGUGGGAGCGCGCCAGGCGCGCUCUCGCAACCAGGUUUUGCAUGCACUUUGCGGCGAGGCGCGUGGUCGUCGAUGACGCGCCACGUGAGUUGGUCGACAUGGAGGCACAGUUUCCGGUGGCAACAGAGGCGGAGCAGCAGCAACAACAGCCGGAGGAGAGGGAGGUGUCACUGGCGUCGAGGUCAUCUGGGAGCCGGAGUUCAGCGAAGAUGUGUGCAAUUUGCCUCAGCGCCAUGAGGUCCGGCCGCGGCCAAGCACUGUUCACUGCUGAAUGCUCCCACAAGUUCCAUUUCAACUGCAUCUCCUCAAAUGUGCAGCACGGCAACACAAUCUGCCCAAUCUGCCGUGCUGUGUGGAAGGAGCUGCCUUUUCAGGGGCCUCAGCUUGCUGCAUCUGCUGCCCAUGGGUCAGGGAGACUAAACCCAUCGAUUUGGCCCCAGAUGAGCAUGCUGUCGGUGAAUCCGCUGGAGGAUGAGCUCCCAGUCGUCUUUCUCAUUCCGGAGCCAGCAGUUUUCAAUGACGAUGAGCAGAUAGAAACAGCAGUUGGUGGUGGGCAUUAUGAGAUUCCUCCAUUGCUAGAGAUCACGACAUACACUGAAUUCCCAGCAAUUCAGGAGUCCGUGGCACAGGAGCAGUUUGCCAUCUUGAUCCAUCUGAGGGUGCCGACGUGGGUGCGCACCCGAGCACCACUGGAUCUGGUGACUGUGCUCGACGUCAGCCGGAGCAUGUCGGGCCCCAAGCUUGCGCUCCUGAAGCGCGCCAUGAGGUUCGUGAUCGAAAACCUUGAGCCCAGCGACCGGCUCUCCGUCGUCGCCUUCUCCUCGUCGGCCUGCAGGCUGUUCCCGCUCCGGAAGAUGACCGCCUUCGGACAGCAGCAGUCGCAGCAGGCUGUCGACUCCCUCGUCGCCGAUGGCGGCACCAACAUCGCCGAGGGGCUGCGGAAAGCUGCCAGGGUGGUUGAGGACAGGCAAGCCAGGAACCCGGUGUGCAGCAUCAUCCUGCUCUCUGACGGCGUGGACUCCCACAACCUCCCGCCGCGGGACGGCUCGGCGCCGGAGCCGGACUACGCGCCGCUCGUCCCGCGCUCCAUCCUUCCCGGGAGCGAGCACCACGUCCCGAUCCAUGCCUUUGGCUUGGGCAUGGACCACGACCACGACCACGACUCUAGGGCGAUGCACGCCGUCGCCCAGAUGUCCAGCGGCACCUUCUCGUUUAUCGACAUGGUGGGGUCGUCGAUCCAGGACGCCUUGGCGCAGUGCAUCGGCGGCCUCCUCAGCGUCAGCGUGGUGGCGCAGGAGACGCGGCUCAGCGUCGAGUGCGCCGACCAAGGCGUGCUGCUCACGUCCAUCAAGUCUGGCAGCUACGCCAGCGGAGUGGACGGCGACGGCCGCGGCGGGUUCGUCCACGUCGGCCGCCUCUACGCCGACGAGGAGAGGGACUUCCUCGUCACCGUGCGCGUGCCGCCGUCACGCGUGUCGACUGCGCUCGUCCGGCCGCUCUGCACCUACCACGACGCGGUCACCGCGGAGAUGGUGCGGGUGGGAGGCGACCCGGUGAUGCUGCUCCGCCCGGAGUUCCCGGUAAGCGCGGGGGUGUCCCUGCAGGUGGAGCGCGAGAGGCACCGCGUCCGCGCCACGGAGGACAUGGCCGCGGCGCAGGCCGCCGCGGAGGACGGCGACUACGCCCGCGCGGCUUCGAUCCUGGCGACCCGCCGCGUGCUGCUGGAGUCGUGCGCGUCGCUGUCCUGGGACCAGCAAACGCAGGCGCUGGUGGCGGAGCUGCGGGAGAUGCAGGAGCGCGUGCUGAACCCGCAGCUGUACGAGGGGUCCGGCCGCGCCUACAUCCUCUCCGGGCUGAGCUCCCACUCGUGGCAGCGGGCCACUGCGCGCGGCGACUCGACGGAGCUCACGUACCAGACGCGGUCCAUGGUGGAAAUGCUCAGCCGGUCGCAGGCGCUCCAGCCUGAGGUACCAGAGGCGCUGAGCCGGACCCCGUCGAUCUCGUCGACAUCGCGCAGCCCGGCACCAACCCCCGCCCCCGCCCCCGCCUCCGGCUCAUCAGGGCCACGACGCAGGCUCCGCCUCUCGUUCAGGCCGUUCCAUUGACAGUGCGAACUGUCAUUUGAAGUAGCAGCAGCUAGCUAGGAGGGAGAAGAAAACAAUUACCAUUAAUUCGUUUCUUCAAUAUACUCCGUUGUGGUAUUACCGUAUUGUUGUUCGGUACUGUUUUUUUUUUGGCCGGGGAUUAAUCCUGAUCACCUAUUAAACUAGUGGGA